GUCGUUGCGUGACACCCGGUGAGAAUGUCGUGUCGUGAUCCCGACAACCUGAUGAUGAACGACGACGAGAGCUUCGACUAUCUCUUCAAGAUCGUGCUGAUCGGCGACUGCGGCACAGGCAAGACUUGCGUUGUCCAGCGCUUUAGAUCGGGCACGUUUAUCGAGCGCCAUGGAAGUACCAUCGGCGUUGACUUCUCCAUGAAGACCGUGCUCAUAGACGGUAAAAGAGUCAAGUUACAGAUCUGGGAUACUGCUGGCCAAGAAAGAUUUCGAACAAUAACUCAAAGUUAUUACAGAUCUGCAAAUGGAGUGAUUGUAGUUUAUGAUAUUACAAAACGAACGACGUUUUUAAGUCUGCAACGUUGGGUAGAAGAAGUUAGGAAAUAUACAUCGUCACAUGUAUUAUUAAUAUUAGUUGGUAAUAAAUGCGACUUGGAAGAACUUCGAGAAGUAAAAAAGUCUGAAGCUGAAGCUUUAAGUGAAUAUCUGCCUGAAGUUUUGCAUAUAAUAGAGACAUCAGCCAAAACUAAUACAAAUAUAGAUUCCAUCUUUUUUUACUUGGCAUCAGAACUUAAGAAACGACAUGAUAAUUGCCAAAUUAGCGCGUGCGAAAAUGACGUAGUAAAACUCGGUGUUGGACGAGAUUUAUCUUCUUGCUCAGGUUGUUAGCAUAAGAAAAAGUUUUUACUUACAAGGUUGAAAUAUUUAUGACAAAAAUGCAUAGCGAUAAGAAAAAAUGCAUUCGACGGAACAAACAUAAUUGCUUCUAUUGCAUUAGAUUAUUUCAAAGACUUCAAUUUUUUAAAUAAUACAUUCUCUCUCAUAAAUUACUUAUUUUUAUAAUACAAAUGUCUCUAGAAAAUCUCAAAGUUUUUAAAUCUAAUUUUUUUCUCUAGUAUGUAAAUUAUUAUCUAUUUCCCAACUAUAUAGAAUGAUCAAAACUAUUGUGUCAAGAAAAACUAUUGUGUAAAGAAAAAGAUAUUUUAAGAGACAUUUACAGUAAUGUCUUUCGCCACGUUCACAACGUGUUUGUAUACCAAGAGAUAUUUUUUUAUUCGCGUAGAAUGUAGAUAACUAAAAAAAUAAGCUGAAGAUGCUCUUUUUACAUCGAGAAACUAGACUCUAAUUAUUAUUUGUGUGGUAGUUCUUAUUAACUGUUUGAUAGUCACACAUUAAUAUUUCAUAAGAAAGAAAAAAAUUUUCUCAUUAAAUAUUUAUUAGAGAAUAGAAUUUAUUAGAAACUACUAGGAACUUACUUUUUAGUCUGAUUCUUUAACCUUUCUUUCUCAAACGAUCUCGAGAUCGUCUGUAGUAGAAUAUCGUGAGGUGGCUACCAAACGAAUGAUAAUAGCUAUUAUACAUUUCUUAGUGAUGAGUGGCAUCUUUAGAUAAGUAGAAACAGACGGCAAGAUGGUUGCGAUUUGAAAGUUCAUGGUCAGGCCCAUUGUGCUCAGGAAUCUCAUAAAUCUUCUCAAUUGUUCUCGAAGAAAGAAAAUCAGACAAAACGGACUUAAAGAGCGGACCCGAGAGCGCUAAAAUAUGAUAAGCAAGUGGCAUUAGAUAGAUACAAACCGUUUACCUAAACUUUCUGUCUAGACAAAAUACUUCUAAAGAACCAGUUUUAGAAUAUAUAGGGAAAGAUAUGCUGCCAAGUUUCCGCCUGAAAUCGCAGCCAACUUUUCGAACAUUAUUGUAUAACAUUAAUGUGUAUGCACAAAACUUCUUCUCAAAAAUUUUGGUAGAUAAACUCAAAAAAGUUUAUUUUUUGAAAAAAAAGUUUUUAUAUCGCAGUUUUUAUAUCGAUUUUUAACGAACAUACAAACUUAUACAUAUAGUGAGUUAUAACUUAGUAUUCUCAACUAACUGUUUUCUUUAUAGUUUUGAUGUUGCGGAACCGUGUCUUAGAAAAUAUAUACGGGGCGCACACAUGUUGCAUAAUAUAACUUGAUUUCAUUAAAAAGAUUUCCGAUUAGUUGAGAUGUUGAGUUAUAGUGACCGAUCUUGUUAUGUAUAUUUGGCUCUCUACAAACACUACGGCGACCUGACGAGAUCCUACAUAGUGCCUCGAAACUUAUAACGAGCGUUUUACACAGUUUUUUGUAAACGCACAAUACUCACGAAGUGCACUUAAGAAGAUUGCGGGCGAGUUUUAAACUGUAGAAAAUAUUUUAAUUUAUUUUCACAUUUUAACGCGCACUUACUACAAAAUGUGCAAGUGUCAGUAAAUCGCUAAAUGUAAUGUAUAAAUAAGUGAGCGACUGAAUGAAUUGACAAUGAAGGGACGGAUUUGCAAAAUUAAGAUGCGAGGUUUGCGAUAGUUUUAUAUAACCGGUUAGUUGAACGUAUGAGCUACUUCAUGAGAUUUAUCCAAAUAAUGACACUAUUAUAAGACCAUCUGGUUGGCAAAUUUUCACACUUGCUCAGAGUAUACGUAAAUAAUAAUAUACAAAUUUAUCUCAUAUAAACAAGAAUAAAAAUAUUUAUUGUAUUUCUCUCUCCUUUU